AUGUCGCGGCGUCUGGGCCAUCUUCUUGAGAUUCGGAGACAGCGGCGCGGCUGUUCUUCCAAGCCGGCGAGGCACCCCUCACUCUCGCUUUCUCCGUCCUCGUCUCCUCUCCGUCCCCUGUCUCCUCUCUGUGCAGAAGCCUCCCGAGCUCCCUUCAUCUGUCCGGCGAGCCUGUGGGGUGUUUCUCCUCUUGCGUGUGGACGGGCGCCUGCUGGAAUUGACCGGCCCUCUUCGCAGAGUCUGUCUCCGCCGCCUCCUCUUUUCGCGCUCUCCAAGCCGCGCCUCGCCUCGGAUUGGUUCAGCGCCGUCCUCGGGAAACUCCAGGGGGUGGCGAACCGCGCUGGCGCGGCUUCACAGAACGCCCAGGCAGGCGCAGGCGCAGCUGCAGACUCCGUUCGCGAGCACGGGCUGUUUGGUGCCGCUAGUGCCAUCGAGCAGAAAGCCUCAGCCUUCUUCUCGCGGCUGACAGAUGUGCAGCAACGGCAGCUGGAAAAACAGGGUCUUCUUGCCAGUCGAUUCUAUCGUUUUCUCGUCAUUUCCUUGAUGGAGAAAGAAGGUGUCUUCACCUACUACGAUUUCUACGUUUGGCGAAAAGGCUGCCUCGACUACUUGAAAGCAGCAGAAGAGGAAAUGCAAGGAAUCGUGGGAAAAUCUGCGAGAAAGCUGGCAGAUCUAGGGUGGGAAAAGCUGCGCCCUUCGACCUCGCCAGAAUUCAAGGAAAUGGAACUUCACCUGAAAAUCCUUUCCCACUUCACUCCAGAGGAACUCUCUCGGGAUACAGCGGAACACUUCACCAGUGCGGCGAUCAAGAACAUCGCGAAAGCUGCCGAGACGUCCGUCAAAGACGUGAAGAACGUACUCCUCGGCCACGCGAUCGCUCUCACCGAUCGAACCUGGUACAUGCGUCUGAUGGAAAUGGGUCGGCCGAUCCCACAGAGCGUCGAGGAUUACCUUCUGCUGGCCGAGACCGAUCGCCCGUACAUGAUUCGCCUGCCCUAUGGAGAGAAGUUCUACAACUACGAGCUGGAGCAGGCCCUCGCGAAGGAACGCGCCGCAAACCGAUUCAAGUCCCAGAGAGACGUUCCUCGUCUUGGACGCAAGCAACACCGCAUUCGGCGCCUCUAUAUCCCGAACGAGCGCGUGGCGUUUGAUCGCUGGGCACGCAUUCCGCAUUCGCGUCUCGACGCGUAUGGGAACUUCCUCUUCCGCCUGAAUCAGGCACCGAAGGGCCAAGUAUCCAUUGACCGCGCUGUCGAGAGAGAAAAGCAUCGGGCGGAGAUGGCGGCAAAUGCGGAGUUCUACUCGGAUGCUGCACUCUCUGCUAGCCGCAUUACCCUGAACAACCUGCCGCCUGGGGCGUUCCGCAGGCGCACGGGCAUGCAGCGGAAAAACGGCGAAAUUCACCACGUAGCCCCGCCGAGGGACCCUGUUUUGCGCGAGCUUUUCGGCGCAGCGAUCCAGCGCGAAAAAGACGAGAAAAAAGAGAGAGAACUCAUGACGCAAGAACGAGCCGAGGCUGAACAGAAAAAGGAUGCCUACCCGUCCAGCGCACCCUUUGGAAAAGACUCGAUUUGGGGAUAA